GUGGCUAGACACCGUAGAGGCGUUGUCGCAUGUCGGGUGUCAUCAUAGAAUGGUGGUGUCAUCUCGUUCAUGGCUUCCGAAAAAAAGGAGCCGCCAGUACACAGCUGAAACUCUUCUCCAAGAAACGAAUGCAAUGGCUGGAUUACUGUUCGCAAAACGCUGAUGGACACUACACUGCAGCAACAAGGCGCCAUGGAUGUGCGCGUACCACCUUUGUCGCGGAGAUGCAUCGUACCUAGAGGCUCCCGCGACCGUGUGUUGUUUAUGUUAAUGAUGUGCGGUAUUCCCCUCAUCGUUUCCUUCGACUUUUGCUUCGUUGCACCCAGGUACCACGAGACCUUCGACAAGGUGAUGUGGGUGCACGCUGCUUUGGCCACAUUUAUCGUGUUCAACAUAUACGCAAACCUGUUCAAGCUCUUCCAGACUGACACAAGUGCACGCAACAUCAAGACGCCGGCUGUGCUUUUGCCGGGCUGGCGGCACUGUGCAGUGUGCGCGAUGAAUGUGCCGCCCCGCUCUCAUCACUGCAGUGUCUGCAAUGAGUGCAUACUAAAACACGACCACCAUUGCAUGUUUACGGGCCGCUGCAUUGGCUUCUACAACCAACGCUACUUCGUUGUUGCCCUCCUCUACAUGACAGUUGGCCUGUUCUACAGUCUCUCGUACAAGUGCCCCUACGUGCUUGAAAUGCUUGGCGGCAUCAACUUGGCGACUUUCUUGCACAUGGUGGCUCCACAUUUUGGCCUUCUGCUGGGCUUCGUUGAUGUCUGGCUUUUCCUGUGUAAUCUUGUGAAUCUUGUGGAACUGGUUGUGUUCUUCCUGUGUGCCUACCUAUUGAUGGUCGAGCUGAUCUGCGUGGCAAGAAACCAGACCACCUAUGAAAAGAGCCACGGCAUCCGGACCUACAGCAUGGGUCUCAGGAAGAACUUGAAGGAGACGCUGGGUACCUCCUGGUUCCUGGUGUGGUUGUCUCCCUGGGUCCAGUCCCCUGUGUCUGGAGAUGGGAUGUAUUUUGACGGUCAUGUGGUGUGUGUUGAUGGCAAAAAGCAAGAGUGAGCUUUUGUGCCAGAGAGGGACAGAUAAAACUGUUGCUUGGACAAUGCCACUUUAUUCAAUUUAUUCAAACCUUGAUUUAAGCACAAAAAGGAAAAUAAGUGCUAGUCAUAAUACAGGGUGUAUUUUUUAGACCAUAGAGAAUUUUUUGUAAUUUGCCUGUGGCAGAUAGUGUAAUUGUAGUUCGUGAGCUGGUUAACUCGAAGCAGUGGACGUUGCUCCCAUAAAAAAUUGAAAUGCAUAAUUGCCUAAUUAAAAAAUUCACUAAUUGCUUUACGGCACACAUUGCAAUGUGCUAAUUGUAGCCAGUGAGUUUGCGAGGCAUAUCCACUUGGAAUGACUUCUAAGGAUUGCACGGGUUUCACAAUUUGCACUGUGAAACGAAAAUGCACUAUUGUGCUUUUUUAACCAACUGCUGUUUUACGUAUUCAAGCACAUAAGUAACUGGAAUGCCCAUGUAUUUCGUCACACACUUUGGGAAAUACGUCAGAAGUGGCGUCAACCUUAAAAAUGUGUUCCAAGUAGAUACGCCUUGUGAACGCACCAGCUAUAAUUCGUACAUUGCAAUAUGUGCUGUAUAGUAAUAAAGUUAAUCAGUGCAUUUUUAUUAAUUAAUUGAUUGUGCACUUCAAUGUAUUGUUCACCUCUUCAAGUAAUCCAGCUCAAUGACUAGAAUUAUGCUAUCUGCCACAGGCAUAAAAUAAUUCUGUAUGGUCUAAUUAAAUAACACCUGGUAUGUAAGGCAAUAGGCAAGCACAACUGCUUAUACACUAAUCAGCACACCAGCUACUCUGUAGUUAACUGAAAGUAGGUCCAUACCCAUUGUUUUACAUCCUAGUGAAAGCAAGUACACUGCACUGACAUUGCAAGAAACCAACUGGGUUUUCAAUUGUAACAGAAUUGGCACAAUUAUUAUGAAAGUGUGCCUUCUUGACAGAAAAGUGUUUCCAGAUUUUCAAUUUGUGUGCACCAGUUGACAAGUUUGUCAGACCCAAGUCAAACUGCAACUCACUUAUGCAUUCCCAUGAAAAAUCACAUGUUUGCAGCAGCCAGCCACAUUUCCCGCUCUGCAGCAUCAGUUGAAGCAUUAGAGUGCCUCAUGUUAGCAGCGCAACCACUGCUUUACUGUUGCAGACCAGUUAUUGUGCGAAGUGUGGUCCUGUGUGUAGCUCUGUGUGAUGCAGGCACUUCAGCAAUGAGUUUGCACAUUUGUUGUUGAUUACCUAAAGGGUAUAGUUGUCUGGAACAUUAGACCAGAGUUUAACCUCCCUGAGCAUAUUGUGCUAAUAUCCGGAGUACCAGGGCUCAGCCACAGAAGGUGAUGAGUGUCUGCUGUGUAGACAUAGGAGCCAGGCACUUAAGAAACAUUUCAGUGUUAUCAUUUGUAGAUCUCUAGGCCCAGGUGACGGCAGGUGUUGAGGCUAUCCCAAGCGAAGCUUCCGAAGACAAACUUCUUCCAACCAGUGUGUAGAAGGAAGGACGCACGGGAACAUAAGUGCACAUGUCCUGUCAGAGAAUAGACUUCUAGACUUGGAGAAGAACUUGGUUGUCAGCAAGAUAACGAUGGCGAGUGAUCCAUUUAGUAGGUCAAGUUGUUGAACGGACUCCAACUAUGUCCCUGAAUCCGAUGCACUGUAACGCUGAAGUGUGAUUACUUUUUUAGCCUAUGUAUUUGUUGGCAGAUUUGGAAUGUCUUGGUAAAUUUCUUCAGUUCAUUCACUGCACCAAGUGAGUCAAUGUAGAUGUCAGGCUUCAUAGCCUCCAUAGCAUUUUGUAACACGCUGACAUACUCGAUGGCAUAAUAUAUGGGUUUCGGUGUUAUUAUAGCAUGUAUACAUAAUUUGGGAUGACUUGGACUUAAGAAUGAGACCCGUCUUCCUCGUGGAAUAACUGUUGCAUCUGCGUACUUCACGCAAUAAUCCUUAGGAACAGUAGUCUGAGUGGUGCAAACUGGCUAGUGACGUCGGAGAAGAUUGGUUGAUUUGUUCUUGGUAAGAGAUAUGUAACACCUCGGGAGGUCAUUCAGUGUCAGUCGGAAGGAGACCUCCAUGGAAAAGAUAGUCAAAAGCAGUAGCUGCUAGAAUGUGCAGUCUAACUGUGAGUGCCAUUCAAUUUAUGUUGAAGUAACGUUGACAUGCUUUAAAUUCACAUGUUUAUCGGCGAGACACGGCUGAACAUUUCACUAAUUUUCUUGAUGCUAAUAUUUGAAGAAAAGAAAUGACUGCUAAUUAGUACAUUACUAAACCAAUCUUGAAUGUAGGCUAUCUUUUGAUCGGAGUCCUCCAAAUCAGAGUUUGUAAAAAGUUUUUGUGAAUAUCAGUAUCAAAAAAAAAAAAGCACUUGUUUUUCACUUGUCCACCUCAUCAAAAUGUAAAGGGGCACUAAAUUAGUUUAUAUCGAUAAAAUAUUCUUCAAGAACUCUUUCGUUGAUUUCGUGGUACUAGGUCGAUUUAAAAAAUAAAAGUAUCAUUUUUGAAUUUUGCGCCGGAAUUUCAGGGUUGGUAUAUCAGUGCGACGUCACAGAUGACAAAGUAUUCUUUCACAUUUAGGCCAUUGUUGUUCAGUAAAAUUUGUUGAAACCUAAGCAGUUCAGUCAUUGGCCCUUUUAGAAUGCAAUAAUUCAUUUUUACAGAUAGGAAUUUAACUAGGCCCGAGGGAAUGGCGGAAACGGCUAGCUGGCGCGGAAAUUUCAAGACAGUGUUGCCACUAGACUUGUUUUUGUGUCUUUUCUGGCUUAUAAAGCGUCUUCUCGUGGUAAGAAUAGCUCUGGUAUUGUGGAAGGGUAACUAAAACUGUGGUAAAAUUAUUUUAAAAGCUCCAAUUAUUCUUUUGAGCGUCCUAUGAGAAUGCAUGCCAUUUGAGCAACACCAACUUGUAAGCGUUUAUAUGCCACUUGUUACGUACAAAUAAAAGCUUCCAUAAAAUUCUAGCUUAAAGCUUCUGUAUAGAUGCCAGCUGUGAAUUGUAUAGAGAGAGGCAGGGACUGAGCAGAAAUUGCACGCCUUAACUCGGGCAGGGCAAAGGGUUUGUUUAGAUGGUUGAACGAGGUAAUUUGGACACGGCACUAACGUUGAAGAUGCCAGCCUUCUCUUGCCGACUGACGAGGUCCGAGAUAGUGUUGAGCUGAGUGUGCUCAUUGCAAAAUUGGAAAGGGUGCAAGAUGGAAAAAUCUUGCGAUAGUUUGCAUGGCUUCUUUGUUUAUCGCUUCCAAGCUUUCCCAGUGCAUCCAGUAAGUUGGUGAAAUGGAGCCUGGUAGCCAAUGUGAUAUUGGAGGAUUGAGUGAAUGAUGCAGCGAGCCAUGCCACUGCAUGGCAUGAUGCAGUGAGUACAUGCCUUGCCGCUCCUUGUCGCAAUCAUGCGCACCAAGUGUACAGCUGUUGCCAACAUACUGUGGGCCUUUCCAAGCCAUGAGGCACCAGAUCCAGACUGGUGGAUUUCUAGCCCGAGCAAAACCCGCCACUUGGUAAGCUAGAAGCGAUUCAAAAAUGAAAUGUGUGGCAAUGCCAGCCUGAAGCUGCAGCACCAGCCCGUCAUGAUAUCAUGGGUUUUGACACCAUCUACUUAGGCCUAAUUAAAUCUUUAUAGUAAAAGGAGGAUAACAGUGCAUUCUAAUGGAACCAAACACGAGACCUUGGAAGCUUCAGAAGCCUUUCCUGGUGCCAAAAUGGCCCAUAUGCGAGGAAAUACAUUAAAAUCCAUGAUGCCACACCAACGUAAUGCACUGAGGUUCCAGCACUAAAUUCAAACAUUUCAAGUUUGUUCUUUAUUUUCUUUAGUACUAUUUCUUUUUUUUUUGCCACAUGAAUGAAAAUAAAGGAGUUCUGAAAGACUU